UGGUGGCACCAAACCGGCUCCCUGGGCCCUCCUGGCACCUCCCAGCCCCUGCCCUGGUGGGAAUUCCGGGCUGCCCUUGCUCCAGGGCAGGUGGGGUGACCCCACCGAGCCCUCCCCGGGGACAGAGCCGCUGGCAUCCCACGAUGGGAGCGUGAGGAUUUAAAAACCAACCGGGGGGAAGCGGAUCCAGGAGCCUGCGGACGUUCCUCCCUCUCCUUCCCAGUGCCAUCACCCGCUUCCUGCCCUGUGCCACCUCUGUCCUGGCACACGAGCCCCAGGCACCAUUCCCAUGUGAGGAUCCAGGACUGGAAGUCACCACGGGGGAUCUGUAGAAGACGGAGCCUUGGAAGAGACGUGGGGCCUUCCUUCAUGUAGGAGAGGUCCAGGCCAGCAAGGAGAGAAGGUAGCCCUCGGCAGUGCCAGCCCAGUGCGAUGCGAUGCUCCCUGAAGCGCUGCCUCACCGCCGUGCUCGCAGCCUCCUUCGUCCUCCUCCUCCUCCUCCUCCUCCAUGGGGGCAGCCAGCAGGAACAGGAUCCCCUGGAGGUGGAUCUGAGGGGCCUGACCCCCGACAUGAUCCUGCAGCUGCUGCAGCCGGACGGAGCCCAGCGCAUCCUCAGGGACAUGGACGAGCUCUCCCUGCUCCACAACGUCUCCUACCGUGUCCUGGCUGGUUCCCUGGCACCCCGGAAAAAAUUCCUGGCGGUGGGAUUGGCAUCGGUGCGGCGGCCGCGCGGCUUCUACCUGCCGGCCACGCUGCAGUCCCUGUUCAGCCAGUGCACGGAGGAGGAGCUGCGGGAGGUGGUGGUGGUGGUGCACCUGGCCGACGCCGAUCCCGGCUGGAACGCGCGCGUCGCCCUCGGCAUCGCCCAGAAGUUCGCUCGCCACAUCCUCCUGGGCCGGCUGCUGCUCAUCCACGCCCCCCACGAGCUCUACCCCACCCUGGAAGGGCUCAAGAGGAACUUCAACGACCCCGAGGAGCGGGUGAGGUUCCGCUCCAAGCAGAACGUGGACUACGCCUUCCUGCUCGCCUUCGCCGCCAACCUCUCCUCCUACUACCUGAUGAUCGAGGACGACGUGUGGUGUGCCCGCUCCUUCCUGACAGCCAUCCGCAAGGCUCUGGCCUCCCACGAGGGCUCCAACUGGGCCACCCUGGAGUUCUCCAAGCUGGGCUACAUCGGGAAGCUCUACCGCUCCAGCGACCUCCCUCGCCUGGCUCGCUUCCUCCUCCUCUUCUACCAGGAGAUGCCCUGUGACUGGCUGCUCGUGCACUUCCGCCACCUGCUCGCCCAGAAGGACGUCAUCCGCUUCAAGCCGUCCCUCUUCCAGCACAUGGGCCUCUACUCCUCCUUCCAGGGCACCGUCAACCGGCUGGAGGACGACGAUUUCCAGGCCGACGCCUUGGACCUUCCGGACAACCCUCCGGCGUCCCUGUACACCAGCAUGGCCGUCUUCGAGCACUACGAGCCCCUCAAGGCCUACAGCUUGGCAGAGGGCUAUUUCUGGGGGAAGGACCCGGCAGCCGGCAGCGUCUUCUCCGUGGUGUUCCGGCAGCCGGCCCUCGUCAGCCGCGUGCGGGUGCUCACGGGCUCCCGGGAGCGCCGCGGCGACUUCCUGCGCGCGGGUGUGCUGGAGCUGGGCCGGCACCGCCGCCGCGACGGCCGGGACUGCUCCACCUACAUCCCGGUGGGAACCUUCCAGAAGGGCACCGUGGACCGGCGGGGGCUGGAGAGGGGCUUCCCCGGCCCCGUGGAGUGUGUGAGGAUCCGGGUAACCCGGGCCCAGAGCGAGUGGCUCAUCAUCCAGAGCAUCGACAUCUGGACCGCGGCGGGCACCUGAGCACGGCCGUCAGGGCACAGCUGGGUUUUGUUCCAAGAGGUCCUUUAUUUUUCUCGUUCCCGUUUUUUGAUAAGGAAUUAAAUUAUUGACUCCUG